CAUGCGCUUCGAGGGGGGCGUGGCUACGUAAAGCAACACCUCAUUGGCCAUGAAUGCAAGUUGCACUGCAAAGAAGAACCACCAACGCUGAUUAAUUGUGUAUUCUACUUCCGCAAACACACAAACAACCACCAAGGCCAAAGCCCCCGGUCAAAAGGUCUUCCAUAGCAGAAUAUUUCCUACAUUUGCAGUAUUUAAUUGGUUUCUGAACACAUCUUGUAAUUGGUGGAUCGAGCUCUCAAGGUCAUCACCAUGGAAACAGAAGAUAUCGACAAAGUCUACAAGGGCCUCUACGCUGAGAAGGCCAUGCCCUUCCGGCAUUUCAUGCUAGGAUACGACGGCGGUCUGGACCCCGUGACCCUACAAAGUGCAGGCAUUGAUUUUGUGGAUAUCAAAUACAAGAUGCUUGAAAAAGGCACCAAGGUCUACACCUUGAAUCCUGGGAACGCUGAACCAAUCUGUGUGUAUUCGUUGAACCUUGCGACACUCCAAACUAUUUUGGCCGAGAGCUCCUCAAAUAGUGAAGAUUCAUGUGAUGGCAUGGCACGUGUCGGUGUCUAUGAGCUGACAACAGAUUAUGUCUACACCAUGCAGAUUCGCGAAGACAUUGCUAUUGAGCUCUGCAUGAUGUGGACAAAGUCCAAGAACAAGGAUGAGGUGCAGGAAGAGACGGAUGCCAAGGACUAUCGAAAGCUGCUCCAAAGCAGGAAUCCAAACUUUAAGAAUUUCUUGGACCUAUGCUUCACGAAGCAUUACUGUCCCCAAAAUAUUCAGGCAGUUGUGUACACAAGGCAGAGCAGUACGUAUGGAGUUCUCGCCACGGCUAGAGCCGUCGGUGAUGACUUCAUCAACAAUCGGACGAUGGUUCAAGAAGUGGUCCUUCCGAAGAGCUCAAUCAGCAAGCUAACGGUGGAUCGGGAGGGGUACCUGAGACUUGGUGCUUCCACCAGGGAACCAACCGACGUCGCGGUUGACAGUGUAUACGCAGAGGUGAAAGAGAAUGAGGUGUUUGAAGACAAGUUGAAUGCAGCAGAGGUGGUGCCGUCCUACGACGACAACUUACCGACUGCUGAGGAGUAUAACGACUACAAGCCCGGAGAUCAAUCGCUUGACUAUGAAGCCAUCGACAUCAGACCGUUGCCACAGGCAGCGUCUCCCGUCUCGAGCCCUCGACCCGAUCAGCCACCGCCGGCUCCUCCCGGUGCAGAGCCCGUUUACGGUAUCAUCGAUAAGUCCACCAAGAAACCUAAAGGCCGUUCGAAGAGCUUUGAUCAGCCCGACACCCCGGGGACGCCGACGGGGAACAAGCCGCCACGCCCGCCCCCGUUAGACACCAUGCCGAAUAGCGAUGGGGAAUCCCCUGCUCAGAGCACCCCGAGUCAUAGGCCAUCACGACCGUCUGCUCCGCCGAGGGUCCAACGCAGUAAGACGCAGGAUGCAGGAAUGGGUAGCUCAGGGAACGUAUCCUUAGAUGGGAAAGACGAUUCCGUCGUAGCUCCGCCUCGCAGCAGUGUAAAGGCCAAAGGUCACCUGAAAUCUGAAACCAGUACGCGUUUUUGAUGUGAGUAAUAACAUGUGUGUUGUUGCAUAGAUCUGUAAAGACCACCUUAUCCCAUAUUUUCUCCUAUUCAAAAGAAAUUAGACCAAGAUCUUAGAAAACGUAUAAAUGGACCAGUUGACUAAUUUUAUGCAUCCAGAAUGAAGAAAGUUUUCACUUGCCAACUCAAAAGUGUACCAGUGGCUUGCCAGAUAUAGCAACGACUAAUGUACAUGAGGUGGAUUCAAUCUACAGAGAUGACUUCAUUAAUGUACACUGUAUCUGGUACGUAACCAGAUGUUCUGGAGAGAAGCAUGCAUAUUGUUUAGUACAUGAGUAAACAGGGCCCUACAUGUAUCUUUAAUAUAAAGAGUUGGGAUUGAUCAAAGUCAAUCGCAAGUCUUCCCGUCAAACGAGAGAUUGCAGUCUUCGAUCUCUCAUGUUCAUAGUUGGAAUUGAUAUCAAUCCUAAAUAAUUUGAGAAAGAAAUCCCAAAUAAGUUGCAAUUAAUAUCAACUCUUUAUAAGUUGGGGCCCUAGGGGGUGUUUCACAAAGAUCCUAAGUAUAAUGCACCUUUAAAGUACACAACCUUUUUUUAAUUCAAUGAUGACCAGGGUAAUAUUUUAAAUCCUGUAUAUGAACUUUAAUAAUAACUAGCAAUUAAGGCACAAGUCUUGUUUUAAUGUGGUUAUAAUAUAUUUAUCUAUGAACAUGUACAUACAUGCAAUCACAAUCAAUUUGAUAUCUCUCAAAAGGGAAGUUUGCUUUCAGGCAUUUUUUAUUUGUUUGGCCUUAUGUUUUGAUGCUGGUAUGAAGGUACAGGUACAUACAUGUAUGAAGGUACUUUACAGUAAUAUUCCAUGUUGAAGUGUCUUGGUCUAGUGGAUAAGUCUCCAGACUGUGAACCACAAUUAAGACACGGGUUUCCGUCAAAUUCCGCUGCAGCACUAAUGUCCAUACCAUAGGUAAGACAUUCAUUUUCGAGCCAGGUGAAAUACAGUGUAGUGGAUACCUGGUAGGACUCAUUCCUUGAAUGCACUGAGCGGCACGGUUGCUGGAGCUAAAGCAAGGAUAAUAAUUCCAAAGUCCUUUAUGCUAAUUUCACACCGACGCCGAAUUGAUGGCGAAUAAAAUCUGCGAGCAAAGCGGCGGCAAAGCGUAACAAAGCUUAAUUAAAGCGUAAAGACCGUAAUAGAGCGUGAGAAAGCUUUGAGCAAUUCGGGACAUUCGGCAAGAGCGCCAAAAUUUUUUAAACUGUUUAAAAAUUUUAGGCGAUCUGUCACGAAUUGCGUAAAGCGGGGAGAGCGUAUUAAAGUUUAUCAAAGCAUCACAAAGCUUAUCAAAGUUUUGCUCAAAGCGUAGGAAAGCUUAACAGAGUUUAACAGAGCUUGGUUCAAAGCGGUGACCCCACUUUGUACGCUCUGCAACCAAUUGACACGCUUCAGAGCUUAUCAGAGCAUAACAUAUCUGAGGAGAUCGUGAGAUUUUUUGAAAAGUAAACAAAAAUGACGCUGAAUUGAUCGCCGAUUUAAAGCGCGACAUUCGGCGUCGGUGUGAACUGUGCAUUAGAAGAGUAUCUACAUAGGCGUCAUGUCAUAAUGUGAUAGCGCUAUUAAAACAAGAACGACGUAUUGUUAUUAUAAUGUAAACUUUGUUCAUAUACCUCUACAUGUACAUGCAUGUUUGAUCUUCCUCAAUAUUGCUAUCAAAUAGUAUCUCUUGUUCUGCAAACAUGAAUUCUGUCUUUGCAAACAGUAAUGUUAGAUUAAAUUCUUUAGAAGGGGAUUUGAUCUCUUUAUCUUA